UAAGGAUAUGUCUAGUCUCAGCACCAAUGAUUUGCAACGAAUAUUUGAGAGACUAGACAAAAACCAAGAUGGCUACGUAAGUAGUAUCGAACUCUCCCAAAUCCUACAAGUAGGCAUCGAGAUAUCAUUUACCCACAAUGAUCUCGAGUCUCUCAUGAGAAAAACAUCUCUUGAUUUCAUCGAUUUUGUCUUGUUCUAUGAAACCCUCGUCAACAAAGUUGAUAAUCAAAAUGCCACAACGGGGAUGGAUAGUAAUAUUAUUGAUGAAAGUGAAGAGAAGGAUCUUGUGAAGGCGUUUAGAGUUUUCGAUGUUAAUGGAGAUGGUGUGAUCACAUCGGAAGAGUUGGGAAAUGUGUUGUCGAGGCUUGGGAUGUGGAAUGAACAUUGUGGUGAAGGAGAUUGCGAUAGUAUGAUCAGAACUUAUGAUGCUAAUUUGGAUGGGGUGCUUGAUUUUGAAGAGUUCAAAAAUAUGUUGGUUGCAAAUAAUUCAUAAUGAUCAUAUUGAAAAUGUUAUGUUUUAGUU